AUGAGUCAGAAACAAGGUAUCCUCUCCGAGUUCUCUAUGGAAGAGCUGGAAUCGGAGUUAAAGCGCAGACGAUUGGAGAAUGAUGCAAAGAUUCACGAGCUGUGUGCCAUGUGGAAAUUAGUCAAUCCUCAAUUCAAUGAAUACAUUGAUUGGCAUAGCUCUGGUUUUGAACGGGAACCAAACUUGGUGUUGGAUGCCUGCUUGUGUUGCUCCAAUGCAGAAUCUAUCAAGGUGGUUGCAAAAGAGUUUCCAGAGCAAGCUGUUCAAGAGGACAGAAUUUUGUCUGAAACUCCCCUGGAACUGUUCCUCAGGCGAUGUAAUCAACGCGACCGGGGAAUUUUGGAGGAGGAGGAAAACUAUGAUUUUGAGACACCCCCAGGUGAUCAAGCGGCCAUUCAAAUCUUUCAUGCACUCUAUGAUGCAAAGCAUUUCCCGGUUCUUUACUACAUUGAAUGCAUUGUUCUUGGACAUUAA